UCCUGACUCACAGACGAAGAACAGCACCGUCCGCCUCGUCGCUGUCCUUCCCCUGUUCCUCCGCUGACGCUUGGAGGCCCUCGCUGCAGCCAUGGUGGUGAUGAAGAUGAAGUUCCCCUUCCAGAAGAGGGUGAAGCUGGCCCAGGGACUGUGGCUCCUCUCGUGGUGUGCCACAGUGGCCGGGGCCAUCACCUUCACUCUGGGAUGCAUCCUGAAGACGGAGCUCCGCAGGAGGGCAGAGGUGAUGGAUAACACAGAUGUACAUAUUGUGCCCAAUACCCUCAUGAUUGUCGGUCUGGCCUCGUUGGGCAUCAACUACUUUGCAGCAAAAAUCUGUCAGGACGCCCUGGACGCUGGCCGAUUUCCUCGCUGGAAGACCUUCCUGAAGCCAUAUUUUGCAGUUUCCUGUUUCUUCACCGUCCUUAUGCUGCUUGCUGUCAUCAUGAGCUACGCAAUGAAGGGAAGUCUGGAGUCCUCUCUGAAGGUUGGCUUGAGGAAUGGCAUCCGCUUCUACAAAGACACAGACACCCCGGGCCGCUGCUUCCAGAAGCAGAACAUCGACCGCCUACAGAUGGAGUUUCAGUGCUGUGGAAACAAUGACUUCAGGGACUGGUUUGAGGUCCAGUGGAUCAGCAAACCGCUACCUGAUUUCAGCACCAAAGAAGUGAAGGAUCGCAUCAAGAGCAACGUGGACGGCCGUUACUUGUUAGACGGUGUCCCUUUCAGUUGCUGCAACCCGGCUUCUCCACGGCCAUGCAUCCAGUACCAACUCACCAACAACUCAGCUCACUAUAACUACGAUUACCAAACUGAAGAGCUCAACAUUUACCUCCGAGGCUGCAGGGAGGCUCUUGUCAACUACUACAUGGGCCUGAUGAACACCAUUGGGGCUGGAGUACUUUCAGUCUUUCUGUUACAGGGGUCCGUGCUGGUCAGCUUACGGUUCUUGCAGACGGCCAUGGAGGCCGUGGCAGGGAAGGAAACACGGAGAUCGAAAACAGAGGGCUACCUGCUGGAGAAAAGUGUCAAGGACACUGUCAUGGAGUAUUUGGACCCUGUUCUGAAGUUCUUUCUGCUAAAAAACCACGUAGGAGAGGGCAAUCCUGGAGCCAGCACCCCAGCUCCUCCGGCUACAGCCUAAAGCACAAAUCAGGGACACGUGUAAAUACUUUCUACACUGAGAGGGGAAUGAAAUACUCAUAU